GGUGUGUUUGGGGUCAUUGUCCUAUUGAAAAAUAAACAAUGGUCCAACUAAAUGCAAACCGGACGGGAUGGCAGUCGCUGCGGGAUGCUGAGGUAGCCAUGGUGGUUCAGUGUGCCUUCAAUUUAGAAUAAAUCUCCAACAGUGUCACCAGCAAAGCAGCCCCACGCCAUCACACCUCCUCCUCCACGGUGGGAACCAUGCAUGUAGAGACCAUCCGUUCACCUUUUCUGGAACCAAAGAUCUCAACUUUGGACCCAUCAGACCAAAGCACACAUUUCCACCGGUCUGAUGUCCAUUCCUUGUGUUUCUUGGCCCAAUCAAAUCUCUUCUGUUUCUUGCUUUUCCUUAGUAGUUGAUUUUUUAACAGCUGUUUGACCAUAAAGGCCUGAUUCGCGCAGUCUCCUCUGAUCAGUUGAUGUAGAGAUGUGUCUGCUACUAGAACUCUAACCUGAGGUGCUGUUAACUUGUGAUUGAGGCUGGUGAUGAACUUAUCCUCAGCAGCAGAGGUGACUCUUGGUCUUCCUUUCCUGGGGCGGUCCUCAUGUGAGCCAGUUUCGUCGUAGCACUUGAUGGUUUUUGCAACUGCACUUGGGGACACAUUCAAAGUUUUUGCAAUUUUCCAGACUGACUGACCUUCAGUAGUGAUGGACCGUUGUUUCUCUUUACUUAGCUGAUUGGUUCCUGCCAUACUAUGAAUUCUAACAGUUGUCAAAUGGGGCUGUCAGCUGUGCACCAACCUGACUUCUGCGCGACACUGAUGGUCCCAACGCCAUUAAGAAGGCAGGAAAUUCCACAAAUGAACCCUGACAAGGCACACUGUGAAGUGAAAACCAUUUCAGGUGACUACAUCAUGAAGCUCAUUGAGAGAAGGCCAAGCAGCGCUGUCAACAAAGCAAAUGGUGGCUAUUACGGCGGCGCUGCUUCUACCCAUGCCAGCUGGUAUCCACCACCGAGGAUGACACGCAGUGUCAACACUGUGCCGGGCAGAGAUAAAAAAGAUUUUUACUUGAUCGCUCGUCCCUCACCUGUCCACCAGGGGUCCCCGGUACACCGCCCUGCCAAUGCAAACCUCUGGCUCAUCUCCAGUCAGCCCAACCUGCCACCUGAUCUCCCAGCUGCUCCCUGUUUGGCGUCAUUUCCCAGAGGGUUUCCAGGUGGUAUUAUUUCCACACACACGCUUGCCUGUUUGAGCCUGUUCGGAGUCAAUCUGCAUAUAUUUGCCAGUUUUUCUUUCGCCCAAAGAUAUUCUCUCAUUGAUAAAGCAAUGGAAGAGAAUGAAUGCCUAAACAUUUGUGCAUGUAAAUGUUUGAUGUGAGACCAAAAAACACCUAUACAAUUACACAGGUUUAAAUACAUUUCAACUUCACAGCCUAAUGAUACCUGUGAACAGGUAUUGAUUAAUCACUGUGGUAAUCUGUAUAUUAUUCUUUUGGUUGUCACAAUGCUAAGAAUUUAAAGGUGUUCCAUAUGAUUAUUGUUGAUUGCAUAAAAUAAAGAGUGCCUUAUAAUAUGAUGUAAAUUGGGGUUAUAAUACUUUUCUGGGCCAAAGUCUACAGCAACUGCUUCAGCUGUUUGCUGUUUUGCUCUGAAACUCCAGAAAUGGCCAACUUUCAAUUGGCAUGAGGGUAGGGAACUUUUGAUUUUGGGGGACCUUCUCCUUUAAUGUGAUACACGCAAUUGAUAUUUGAUAAUGGUCCUGAUAUGGACAUAUGGGCCCGUCCAGACUGUGCAUCUGGAUAUCAUAUCUGGAAAUUAAAAAGCACGUGUUACUGCCAACGUCUGAACGUUUGUCACGCCCACUUAACUAGUGUGCACACUGAGAUCAUGUGUGAGUCAACAACAAGAUAAUGAGGCUGUUUAAUACCAAGUAUAAAUGCAAAGGUUUGGUUAUCCAGACACAGAUCACAUGUUGAUAUCGGGUAUUAAUGAGGCCUUGGUUCUUUACUUAUAAACUCUUGAUUCCUCAGAAAUAGCAGGUGAUAAGUUGUGUCUUGUCCUAACUUAUCAUUUCUGAUAAGAUAUCUGUGUUGUUACUUGCUGGCGUACACUGAAUCAUAGGCCCAUCUUCUCAACACGAGGCAGAGCUCUUUCUUACUGUUGAUUGCGAAACUAGAGGAUGUGGGUGGGACACGUCUAUGGUUUUAAAAUGCAGAGGGAGAGAGUGUUAUAAAAAAUCAAUACAUCUCAAGUGCGAUCGCACUGUGAUUUACAGAGGAGCAUAAAAGGUUUUGUUUAAAUUAUUUACAAGGAAAAAGUGAUUUGUUCUCAGCAGGACAACAGAAUAACUCGUAGCAACAUGACUUUGGAUAAUCAGCCUAUUACUCUCCUUUUUUAUAAAUCUGAUCACAGCCUACAUUGUUUUUUUCUGGGGUUUUUCUGCCUUGCAGCCAAAUCCAGGCCGAGCUCUGACAGCUCAACAAAAUUCAGACGUCCGACAGUGCUCUCGCCUGCUCCCUGAAGAAAACAUCAAUGCCCAACAAAACGCGCUCCUCGCCAGACAAAAGCUGAUCCUGAAGUAACAGAUAAAACCUAUUGUUGUAAGGAGUUUGUCGAACAAACUCAAAUGCCAUGCCGCUUCUUUGCCAAAACUACAAUUAAGUUCAUCUGAAACUCAAUUUUCACAGCUCUGCCCUGAGGUCAGGUCGCCCUAUUGGCAGCUCCCUCUGGAGAUAAGUGUUUCAAGCGAGUCAGAGUGGAUGUUACCACAAACAAACUGGUGCUACAACAGGCUGUUUACAACAUGACAGGGGAAUGUGUCUCUCCCUGAAGUAUCAAAUCUAUAAUGUGUGUGUGUGUGUGUGUGUGUGUGUGUGUGUGUGUGUGCUGUCAUAAGUAAGAACAAAGAUUUCUAUCACACAACUCAUGCCACUUUAAACGUUACUAUAAUAUGCAAUCUGUAAUCGGUGCUCAGAGAGCUCCAGAGAGGCUCUGAUUAGAUCUGGGAGAUUAGAAAUAAGCAUUUUUAAGGCCCUGAUUAAGGAGCUGCACAUCAACAAUCAAGUCUGGAGAUAAGGCAGAGAGUUGUAAAAACUUCAGGGACAGACAUGAAUCAAAAUGGAUUAUUUUUAUCCAGACUUAAAGGUGCGCUAUGUAAGAACUGGCCCCCUCUCAAGAUCAUACACAAAACAAACAGCAUUUGACAUGAGAAACAUCUAACUGCUGCAAACUGAAGCUGCUGUUAGCCGGUUAGCUCAGCACAGGAGCUGCAGAUGGUGCAAACUGGUCAGAAUGCUAAUUUGAAUAGCCUAGAUAUCGCUGAAGCACAAUACAGACACCAAAACUGUUGUCUUUCACAUUCCUUUGAUGAUUUUAUCAAUUACAUGUCACACCUUUAAGGCAUCUUAAACAAAAAACACACGCUUCCACCAGUGAAAUCAGUGGCAACUUGAGCCCCUACUCUCAUUUCUGAGUUUCCUACCAAAGGAUGGCACACGCACUGCUUGUUGUCUGAGGAAAGGGUCAAAUUUGGAUGGAAACAGCAACACUGACCUAGAAAACCUGUAAAAUGCCUCUAAUAGCCACUAAGUUUUUUAAAUAUAGAGGCACACAGACUCCAUCCUAAUCCAUGUUUUUAGUGUUUAACAAGGAGGCAGGAAACAAAACUUUCACUCUCCCUCAUGUAUCUCAGUCAUUCAUUCCUGGGCAUGUUCACUCAUGCUCGAGCUCCCUCGUUUACAAGAACAGCCCUUUGGAGCUCCAACACAUUAAAGGGAGGGACCUAAACUUCACAGCAACAGAAACCUCAAGCACCGCGAUGAAAGUGAUGAGUUUCUCGUCCGGUGGGAGGACGCGGCAUAUUUAUGUCUGGGUUUCCAUCAUCUGGUUCACUUCAGCAGUCAGCAUUACUGCAAGCGAAGCAGUGGAGCCAUUUGUACUUUCAGAGGUGGCGGGACAGUGUGGAGACAAUGUGACGCUGACAUGUCACGUGACCCUCCAGAAGUCGGACAUGAAACAUUUUGCCUGGGAGGCUGGAAAUAAAACAUGUCAGAUUGACAACGACAAACAUGACUCUGAGUUUCUCUGUGAAAGCACGGUGAAUAUUCACGCCCACACACUCACUCUGACUCUCCUCAAUGUGAUGCCAGUCGACGAGGGACGAUACCUCUGCAAACUGCGCACAGUACAGGGAACCAAGUCUGCCACAACUUUGGUUAAAGUGCACGGCUGCAUUGGAAGUUGGCACACCUCCAUCAACGGGCCUCAUGCUGAGUGCCGGUUCAGUGGAGUUUACCCCAGUGGCAUCAUUCACUGGUUCCAGGGAGAUGUGAACGUAACGAACUCUACCAGCACGGAUGAAGUCAAAGAUCAUAAUGGACGGUAUGAUGUCUGGAGCACACUAGAUGUACAGAAAGGAGACCCGAGCCAGCUUUAUAUGUGCAAACUGUGGAUUCCUUCUGAGGGGAAGUAUAGUCAGGAGCAACAUAUCAAAAAGCCACAGGAGUCGUCAGGGAACAUGGUCAAACUGCAGUGGAUUAGUAUAAUGGUGGAAGUCAUGAUGGUGAAAUUUAUGUCAUAAGGACAACAAAACAAAACAAACAAAAUUUCAAAUGCUUCUCACUUUUAAGAGGCUAUGAGCAAUUAUAUUCUCUGGGGAGUUCACAGGAGAGAGAGAACAUCUUUGAGAACAAACUCGAUGGCAGCACCGCAUUUAUCAGUUUUGAUGAUGACAUUUUUCAGCAGAAGCUCACUGGUGACUGAACUCAUUUGUGAGAAAUGUUUGUGAAUUUGAGAAAACAAAGGAAUUUGAACAGUGUAGGUUUUCCUUAAAAUAGGCUUUAGAAAUGUUUUUGUCGUCAAAUUUCAUGUCAAGUCUUGUUUCACUGCUACAUCGAUGCUCACUGUAACCAGGAGAUUACUUUUUACUUCACCCUGAUGGCCAGAAGGUGGCAGUCUUCUCGUAAUAAAUAGUCUUGUUACACUGCGUUUACACACCUCUUGUGUGUUAUAAAUGCUGUAAAGGAAAGCUACUAGAUACAGUAUUCUUGUUUUAUUGCAAAAUACAUCACAUCAGCACUUAAGGAGAGCAGCUUUGUCCAUGAGUACUUGGGCAAAACAUUCUUUGCAAAGAUCCUUAAUGUAAAUAUGAUUCAUGUGAAUAAGUUUGCAAUUAUAAAGGGCAAUAAACAAUUCAGGAAAAAAAUCUUGCAGGAA